CUCAACUUAUUGCUAUUACUAGAAAAAGACAAUAUGGGUAUGAAAGGCAAAAUGAUUGUUUCAUUGGAGGUGAAGUGUGGAGGACACUCGGUUUAUGAUAUUUUUCACACUAAUACUCAUCAUCUACCCAACAUAAGCCCUAGUAGGAUCAAGCAUUUUGAGAUUCAUGAAGGUGAAAUCGGAAAAAUUGAUUCGAUUGUUAGCUGGAAAUAUUAUGAAGAUGGAAAAGAAAUGUUCGCUAAGACUGUGAUUGAAGCCAUCGAUCUUCAGAAGAAAUCAAUUACUUGGAAAGUGAUUGACGGAAAUCUUUUAGAGUUGUAUAAUUCCUUCACUGUUAUUACAUCUUGUGAACAUUGGACUACAAUUACACUUAUGUACGAGAAGAAAACUGAAGAUACUCCAGAACCCCUUGCUCUCUUGGAUUAUUUCAUUGGUAUGACCAAGGAUGUUGAAUGUCACCUUCUCAAGAAAUAGAAAAGUUGUGAUGUUCAAUGGUCCUAUAUAUACAUAUAUCUAUGUGUUUGUUCUUGUGUGAUGAGUAUUUGAAAAUAUUGGCUAGUGCUAGCUAGCAUGUAAAAUAAAUAAUAUUAUGUUCGAAG